GUGGCCUUUCGGCCAAUGGGGCGAGAGCGAAGGCGGCGCCGGGAGGAGGCAGCCGGAGAGGCCGGCCAGGCCGCGCUCCCUGCGGGGCUGAUGGCCGAGGCGAGGCCGGCGGGAGAGGCCGAGGGAAGCCCCGGAGCCCCAGGGGCUCCUCCGGGGGCCGCGCGGGGCCAGGCAGGUCGCAAUCUGAAGGAGUGGCUGAAGGAACAAUUCUGUGACCGCCCCAUCGAGCACUGUGAGGACACCCGACUGCAUGAUGCCGCUUAUGUGGGAGACUUGCAAACCAUUAAAAACCUGUUGGAGGAAGAGAGCUUCCAAAGCCGCAUCAAUGAGAAAUCCGUGUGGUGUUGUGGUUGGCUGCCUUGUACACCGCUGCGGAUUGCUGCCACGGCAGGACAUGGAAACUGUGUGGAUUUCCUGAUUCAGAAAGGGGCAGAGAUUGAUCUUGUGGACGUGAAAGGGCAAACUGCCCUGUAUGUAGCUGUUGUGAAUGGGCAUCUGGAAUGCGCACAGAUCCUUCUGCAAGCCGGAGCUGACCCCAAUGGGAGCCGUCACCACCGCAGCACCCCAGUGUAUCAUGCUGCCCGGGUAGGGAGCACGGACAUCCUGAGAGAGCUGAUCAGGUAUGGCGCUGAUGUGGAUGUAAAUCACCAUUUGAUCUCGGGGACCCCCAGCCCAUCUUCCCGGCCGCUCACCUCCCUGGUGGUCUGCCCGUUGUACAUUAGCGCAGCCUAUCACAACCUGCCGUGCUUCCGGCUGAUUCUGCAAGCGGGAGCCAACCCAGAUUUUAACUCCUGCGGCCCCGUCAACAUCCAGGGCUUCUCCAGGGGCUCUGCGGUGUGUGUCAUGGAUGCAGUCUUGAGACAUGGGUGUGACGUGGCUUUUGUCAACCUCUUGAUUGACUUCGGUGCCAACUUGAAUCUGGUGAAAUGGGAGACUCUGGGAGAAGGAGCUACAGGAAGGAUCAAAGUGAACCCAGAAGCCUUGCAGGUGUUCAAAGAAGCCAGGAGCUGCCCUAGGAGCCUGAUGUCUUUGUGCCGCGUGGCAGUACGAAGGACACUCGGGAAACGUCGUCUGCACCUGAUCCAUGCUCUUCCAGUGCCAGACCAAAUCAUAAAUUUUUUACUCCAUAAACAGCAGUGAGGUCUCCUUGGAUGUUUUGGAGGACAAUUUCCCUUCCUUCAUUGUCCCCCACCCCUUUAAUGAGGAUUUUGCUUUUUUAAGAGUGAGCAAUUGAAAACAGGAAGAACUGUUUGUGUUUGUUUAAUGCUAUAAAAUUAUUUUCAUGAUAUUAUUUCUGUUAAUUAUUCUAUAUAAUUUGGGUUUUAGCAAAGCUGCUUCCUGGUGAAUUUGAUCUGAUGUGUUACAGUGCUGCACGUAUUAUGAAAAAAAAGGACGUGGUCCUAUAGCUUUAGUGCAGACAGUAUUUGUUUAGUGGUGUGGAUGUGUUUAUUUAAAGCAUGUGCUGUUGUUCCAAAAACAGCUCAAGGUAUUUAUUUAGCAGGCAGUGUGGCAAGGCUGUGCCUCCGAGCUGCCACAGACCAAGCAGACCCUUCUCCAUCCUGAGAUGAGGCAGCAACUCAGCCAGAGGGAGGCCAGGUGAGCAGUGCUCUUCUGAGGGCUCAGGAUGAGUUUCAGCCAUAGGCAGCAGAAAGUAGUUCAGGGUCACAAUCUACAUGGUUUUGGUUCCAAGACUUACCUCAUCCCUCGCCAUACGGCCAACUCCAACAACCUACAUAUUCCCAGUCGUGCCUUCCCAAUUACAUAUAUGUUUUAAAAUGCACUCAUCUGAUUUUUUCACGCUAUUCAAAUAAUCACCAGUAAAUUAUUGUCGCUGUCUUGA